GUAAAGAAGAAUGACUGAACCAACCACAAAGACAAUCUAGAUUUAUGUUUUACAGAGUAGGCAUGCAUCAAAAAAGUUAGCUUAAUAUUUCAAUUGAGAACAUGGGAAAAUGGAAGUAUUUUUGUUUUAACUUGCCAUAAUAAAAACAUGUAACCAACUUUUGCCUGCAUAAAGCACUACAAACAGGAAAAAGGACUCUGCUGUAGGAAAGCAUUUGGAUUUAUUCUGACUUUCCCUCACUUAAAAUGAGGACAGAAUGACCACAGUGACAAUCUAAUGCAUGAUGAAAUUUACCAAAUGGAAUUUUAUUUUUUUAGUUGGUGGAAUUAUGGUUUACAUAGCUGAUAUUGGAGUGGAUUUCUGGGUUGCUAGUAAAUAUUUCUAUGAAGGACAAUAUUGUUGGGCUAUACUGAUACUCUGUUUUAGGGGCCUUUCGUCACUAAUAACUCAGGUAUUCAGUUAUCAAUGGUUUAAAAACGACUGGAAAGGUACUGCUCCUGGGAAGCUAGAUUGGAUCUUUCUAGUUCAUUUCUUUCACUGUGGAAUUUUUAUAAGAUAUUGGUUUGCCUUGAAGUAUGGCUGCCAAGCUGCUUUUAGACAAGACAGCAGUGGAGAUGUAUCAGAAACAGACCCUCCCAAUAUCAUUCAGAAACAAGCUAUUGAUGUACUGACUGAUAUUAACAUGCUCAGGGUAUUCAAGACUUUUCUUGAGACCACACCACAACUCUUCAUUCAGAUUUACGUACUUAUGGAACACAACAACCAUGAUUUCUAUCAAUAUACUGCCAUUAUUAUUUCAUUUUGUGGUAUUUCCUUUUCAAUGGUCGAUUAUCAGAUAUCACUACGAAAAUCUCUGCCUGAUAAAGAGGAACUGCAAGUGCUUCCCAAGUUUGUGUAUCUCUUCUAUAAACUGUUCACCAUCACUUCUUGGAUACUCAGUAUUUCACUGAUCACUCUACUAAGUGUUAGAAGUUCUGUAAUUCUGCUGAUACUUCUUUGGAGCUGCGGCUUUGCCUGGACUUUGAAACAGCACACAACAUUUUGCAAAUCCACAGAGAUGGAAUAUCUGUACAGAACUGUUGUUGGAAUCAUUCUACUUUUUACUUUUUUUAACAUAAAGGGGAGAAAAACAAAAGCUUGCAUUUCUAUUUAUUAUGCUACUCACACCCUUGUAACUGUAGGUAUUUUGCUUGUAUGUUUGUUUUGGAAACCUGCUGUUAUUGAGGAAGUACAUCUUACAGUUGUGAGCAUCUUAACUAUUCUCAGUCUGGUGUUAGGUAUUAUUUUUCUUGUUGUUUAUUACAAAUAUUUUCACCCCGUUACUUACUGCAAGCAACAGACAUUUUUUGAUGAAGUUGAUAGAAGGGGAGGAGACAACAUGGAAGUUGAUAGAUUUCAAAAUUUCAUAAUGCAAUGAGCAGUAUAGGUUUUGGUGUAGACUGCAAAGCAAACGCUGCAGUGUGCGCUUCUCUGUCUUUGUUUCUUAUGCAUUUUUACUAAGCAACACUAGAGUUAUUGAAUAACUUUUCCAUCAUGUUAUAUAAAGUGCCUUUAUAACAUGAAUAUUUUUCUAUGUGCUAGUCAGUGUUACUUUUUAAAGGAAUCUAUUUAUCCAUCCGACCCAAUUCACUGUUUUAGUUUUUAGCAGUGCAAAUAAAACAGGAAAAGCUAAAAGCAAGUAAAAUGAAAAUUAGCAUUACCAACGUAUUCUGUUUAUGUAUGUUAAUUCUAUUAAAAGCAAGGCUUAAUUUUCUUGGUGGAAGGAAAGAGAAGUGUAUUUGAAAUAUUGAGGGGUGAUGAUCUGUGAGUGGGCUGUUUCUUCCCAUUACUGUAAGAGUUGCAGUUUUUAUAUAGAUGAGCACAGAUACAAACCUCACUGCCUUCUCCUUAAACAUCCCAUGAAGAAGAAUAGCUUUGAUUUAUGACCCAAUCACUGUCAUGCUUCAAGAAAACAUGAGGAGUUAUUUUAAAGCAUUUUAUCUUCUAGGUGUUUUAAUGACUCCUUUAUUGCUUUUGUUCUGCUAAUCUUUCACACACCCUUUAUUUAGGAGUGAUGCCAGUUUGUUGUUCUGGACUAUAAUAGCAGCUUGAGUGAUUUAUUGACAGCAAUAAGUCUCAGAAAUAAAGGAAGAACUAUCUUCCUUGAAGCUUUCCUAUUCUCUGAGCUCCAGGAUAGAAUACUAAAAUGCUGAUUUCCACUGAAGGAGGAAGCUAUGCAAGGUAUGCAGUGGUACAACUUCUUUAGUCUUUGUCACCAGCCUCAGCUUUUUCAGAAAUAACACCUAAGGUGAAGUCUCUCAGAGCUGCUGGCUUUUUCAUCUGAGUUAUGAAAAAUGGGCUUCUCUUCUCUGAUAAUUCACAUUUCCAAUUAGCAUAGCCAUAGGCAAAGGGAGGAAACAGUGCUUAAGAAAGGAGACUAGAGAUAAGCACAGCUGAUAAACUUUGCCAGGAACAAAAUCUUUUAGUAUUAUUGAUUGACAGCAAGCAUCUCUUGAACUCUGGAGGGAGGGCUGAUGCUUUGGUUGAUACUUAGGGUGCUGAAGAGUUGUUUUCUGUGCCUUUUAUCCAGACUGCUCUGUGACUAUCACUCUUCCAGCCUAAGCAGAGCUCAGUGAAGUUUCUAAAUGUUCCUUUCCUGUUGCGUUGUCAAAUAAUUGCUUUCACAGUUGUCUUAACAACACCAACCAUUUACAUCUCCGUAUUCCCAUUUGUAGGAAUUAAUUUCUAAGUGCACAGCAUGGACUGCAUCAUUUGUCUUUCUGAGGAUGCAUAUGAAAAAGCAGUGUUUUAAAAAGAAAUUACAUCUGAAAAUCCCUCAUCUCCAACUUAAAAAGAAAACACAAUCCACAUGACUUGAGCAAUAGUUUUCCUUAAAUAAAUAUAUAAACCAACACUUCUUUCUACUCUGGAGAUUUAUUUGCCAUGUAAGUGCUACAAAAGG